AUUGACCUGCUGAGUGGACUAAAGAUGGGGGAGCAAGAUGGUUGGCCAGAGGCUAACAGAGGGGACUGGGCAGUCAUCUUGAAUUCCCAGACCAAGACGGGUGCAGCCAAGGGCCCGGGGGAUGACAUCACUGAGCAGGGCAGAACCAGAGGUGACAUAGUGGAGUCUGCAGUUCAUGAAGACCUGAGGAUAUCUGGUGUUGCUGGCAGGAGAGACUGGGCCUCUGAGGUGGCUGGUCACAAACCUUGGCUCCUGAUCAGGACCCUGAAUCAGGAGCCAUCGCUCUUCCUUCCCGAUUCGGAACGGGGACCGAAUCGUGAGGGGCUGAGACUCCACCAAUACACAGAACACAAUCAGUGGACAGGUGGACUGAACAACCUCAGUCCUGGUGGUCAUCAGAGAGACAGAGGCUCCAGUCAGGGAUCCAGUCUGCAGCCCAGACCCUUCUCUUCACAGUCUCAGUGCAGGGAUGGAGCAGGGCCUGGGGCUGAUAGAGAUAAACCCUCCUGUUCCUAUGAUACAAACACCACAGUAUCCAUGAUGAACAGAGCAGGUCACCCUGAGCUUCAGCCUUCACAGAGAGUGGUGAGAGACCCCCCUGGUGAUAGUCUAGCAGCAAGUCUGUCUUCUCCUUCAGGGUCUCGUCUAAUGCCUGUUGACUGGGUUCAUAGAAGUCCUGGACCUGGGUCUAGCAUUCCUCAGCUACCUCAUGGUUACCCCACCAAUACAGACAGGGUCAGGAUGGGCUUUCACCACAAGAGGUACCUCGCCUAUAACACAGCACACAAUCCAAACAACACCCAAACAAUGGCUAGAGGUCAAGGAGGGAGCUCAAACACUAACCACCUGAGGGUGGUGGCUCCUGCUUCUACCUCCUCUGGUGUCAUUGGAUCACAACGUGGGAGGCCUAGCGUUAGCACGGACGAAGAAAAGCCAUACACCUGCCCCACGUGUGGGAAACGCUUUGCUAAGGCGACCUAUGUGAAGAAGCACCAGACCAUUCACAUCAAGGAGAAGCCCUUCAAGUGCAAAUUAUGUUACAAGAGCUUCUCAUUCCUGAGUUACCUUAUCAGACAUAGGAGUGUCCACAACAGGGAGAAAUCAUAGCAUUGUGUCCUGAGAUGUACACAGGGGAUAUCUGGAAACAAUUAUUUAGCUGAAAUAUUAUAUUUCACAUGUGAAAUGUCCUGGAGUUUUAGGGGGAUUACCAAGUCCCUCAGUUGAGCAUCUGGGUAAACUCACAUUCUCACAUGAUACAGACAUCUUGUUUGGUGUGCUGGCAUAGCCAAAACACUGCCAUGUUACUGAAGUGUAACACUGUAUUCCCCCUCUGAAUUUGGUUUUGCUUAUGUUCUAUUCAUAAUAAAUAUGUCCCUCUUUUUUUUAUAACUGUUAUAAUACCCCCCUCCCCCCAUACACACUCACACAAUCAGGUUGUACCUGUUCCUUUAUUUACUAAAAAUAGGUGAUCAAAAUACACCCUCUUUUUAUAACACCUUUAUAACAAGCCAGGUCUGUUGAGAUGAAGAGGUCCAAAAACAACCUCUACUGUGUCCCUUUCCCCUAUAGCCCUCCCAUGGCACUGGGUAGUAGGUUGGACUUCUCCCUAAUCAGAUAUUUGUCAUCCUCCCCUCUAUCAACUUUCAUCUCCCAUGUCUUUUAUGUGUAUUAUUGUUAUGCAUCUUCCAUGGUUGUAGCAAACAUUGCCGCUCAAUAAUUGACUUCCUCAGCCACACAAGUCAUUGCUUGACGAAUCAAACUGAAUUGUUCCGAUGCUCUAUCAUUCGCUACAUGCUUCAGUCUGAGACUGCCAUCAUUGAAGUCGUUUGUGGUGAUGUCAAAAUGAGGGGUGUUUUACAAAACAAAGUCAUCAGCGAUUGGAUCAUUUCUAACCAGUCAGUGUCAAAGACAAUGAUGAAUUUUCAAAACGCAGCUUUACCCAAUGUGUGUUCUAGCUUUGGCCCAACCCAUCAGUUUCUGGGGCCAAUCAGAACAGUUAGAAUGUGUUUGCGUUUUAGGAGUUGUCAGGGAGGUACUCAGAUCCAGACUCAUUGCGGAGCGUUUUGCAUAGCGUUUGGGUAGCCAGGCAAAACAAGUCACACUCAAAGUUAGCUGUAUUUAUACUGACGUACGUCACCAUGUCAAUAGCCUGAAGGCUUCAGGUCUUGUGAUGACUGGGGUAAAAUAUUAAACAUGAACGAAUGUGCACCUGUACUUGAGAUUGCGGAGUGACUGGAUGGCUCUUCAAACUGUUUAGGAUGGUAAUUAACCACAUGCCCCUCAUUAACCCUUUGUUAACUUGUCAUUUGAAAUGGGUUUGUGUAAACUGUUUUCAGAGACAGGAAUCCUAGGCUCGAAGAAGGACAAUUGAAUAGUUACCUUGCUGAGGUGAUGUAGAUGGAAUAAGGUAAUACAAUUUUUGUUCUACUAUGUUCUUGCUAACACACUGUUCUUUCUAAACAAUUCUGCUCUGAGCUUGAAAGAUACUGUGGUUAUCAUGAGGAGGAUUUUUAAAAUGUAUUAUUAGUACCCCCAUUAGCCAACACCAAUGGCAAAAGCUAGUCUUACCGGGGGGUGUGUGUGUUAAUCAGUUACACACGUCAAUACAUCCACACAACAGGUAGGUGACAUGGGGGAGAGGCGUUGUGUCGUGAGGUGUUGAUUUAUUCGUUUUUUGCUAACCAGGUUUGCUGUUCACUUGCGCUGUAUGAAAUUGAAUGGAGUUCCAUGCAAUCCCGGCUCUGUAUAAUACUGUACGUUUCCUUGAAUUUGUUCUGGACCUGGGGACUGUGAAAAGAACCAUGGUGGUAUGUCUGGUGUGGUAAGUGUGCGUGUGUCAGUGCUGUGUGUAAGUUCACCGUGCAAACAAUGUGGAAUUUUGUUACACAUUCAUGUUUGUUAUAAAAACUAGAAGUGAUGCAGUCAUUUCUCAACUCUUAGACAAGAAAGACUGGCAUACAGAGUAUUGAUAUUAGCCCUCCGAUUACAAAGAAGAGCAAAAAGUGCCACUCUGUUCAUGGCCAGCCGCAGUUUAACUAGGUCCUUCUUUGCAGCACUUGACCACAUACGG